AACAAUGACCUCUGGAACGUUUCUGAUUGAGAUAGAUUAAUCCAAAUUUCACAUUUCAUCAAGUAAACAUGGAGAUGGUUGCGUAAUUUUCGAUUUGAGGCAAUCAAUAAAUUUGGCCGACAUAGUAUAUUAGGCUCGAAAUGGUACAUUGGGCCAAAGUCCAGCUCCGAAGACCAUUAACAAGAACACGUAUAAAGAAAAUGAAUCUAGGGUUUCAUCAUAUACUGGUAAUCUGAUUGCGGAAUGGGGGAUCAAGUUGACAACAAGUUCACAUGGGUGAUUAAGAAUGUCUCCUCUUUGCCGUCUGAGAAGAUAUAUUCUGAUUCAUUCGUGAUCGGUGGCUGUAGUUGGCGUCUUGUGGCGACAUAUUUCAAGAGAAAUAUAUUUAAUGAUUCUCUGUCUCUGUCUCUGUCACUGGCGGUGGCUGAUGCUGAGUAUUUGCCUUUUGGAUGGAAAAGACACGCAGAAUUUUCUUUUACUAUAGUGAAUCAAAUUUCUGAAGAAUUCUCCCAAGUGCAAGAUAUCUUUCGUGAUUUUACAGAAACACAAGAGUGGUUUGAUCACAGGACUCUUGCCUGUGGUUGUGCAUCCAGUUUUCCCCUUGCAAAACUGGAUGCCAAAUAUGGUGGAUUUAUACUGAAUGAACAAGUCAAGAUUGUUGCAGAGGUGAAAGUUCUUGUAGCUAUUGGCAAGUCUGAUGAGGCAGACAAACCUCUGAAAAAGAUCAAGAUUGAGUAUUAUGAUUUCCUCAGCGACACUCCACCAGUAGUGGAAGAACCCACUAUUGUCUACGGGUUUCCAGUUGUUUCUCCAGAGGUGGAAUUAGUGAGCCGCAUUUUUGAAAAUCACCCGGACGUUGCAUCAGGGUUAAGAAAGGACAUGAGCCCAUAUACGAAGAGAGCACACAUGUAUUCCCUAAUCUGCGUGAUUGAGACUCUGAACAAGCCACUUCAAGAAAUCUCAAGGUCUUAUUUGGUUGAUGCACGUGAUAGACUGGUGUUCCUCAGAAGCGCUGGACUUCUGUUGGAUUGGGUGGAGAAGAAGCUGGAUGAGGUGACCGAGAAGAUGGACAAAGAGGAACAAGGACAAGGAGAUAUUUGAAGGCAACACUGUUGGCAGCCAGACUGAUGCUUCUGUCUUCUCCGUUUCAAACUCUUAUUCUCUUUUUCUUUCUAGUUUCAUUUUGAAUGUGCUUGGUUUUACUUUAUUUACAAAACACACUCUGCUUUUGAAAAUCGGACACUUUUGGUUUGAUGACUAUCUCUAGGUUUUCUCUA